AUGAGUAGACCACCACUACCACCCUUCUAUCGAUCCCUGACCUUCUCUCUCUCCUUAGCGUGUGCUAGCUGUGCCUUACCUUUUUCCUUAUCUUUUCAUUCACCGAUUUUGUUAUCACGGCCCCCGAGGCGUUUACGUUGUUUGGGAGAACACGAAGAGGGCCCGUCUCCCGUGUUUGCGUGUUCGAGUAGAAACACACCAAAGCCGAGGCCUCCGCCUCCGUCUGCGAGGCCUAACAUCACUUUCCCCACGUACACAUGUCCGCCCACGUAUGCUGCGUGGUACUGUCUCAACGGGGCGACUUGUUUCACUAUCAAAAUAGAAGAAAGUCUUCUGUACAAUUGCGAGUGUGCGGAAGGUUUUAUGGGCCAAAGAUGCGAGUUCAAAGAUUUGGACGGUUCUUAUUUACCUUCAAGACAAAGAGUUUUAUUGGAGACGGCGUCGAUAGCCGGCGGUGCAACCAUAGCAGUGUUCCUAGUGGUAAUAGCUUGCGUGACUCUAUACCUUCACUACCAGAGGAAAUCGAAAGAGAAAAGGAUAGCGAGUUCGGAUAGGAAAGACGGAGGAGCCGAAAGAGGUUUGGAAAGGCGAGCGUUCAAUCGAUGUUUAUCGAUAUCCAUGGAACGAUUACCGGAGUUUCCAUAUAGGACCGACCUCAUGAAAUUGAUGGUGUUGUUUAUUUUUAAAAGUGCCGGAAGAAUGUUAGCAAAUAAUGAUUGUUUGUCCCAGGAGGACGAGAAGAAAACAGUGACACGUAGUAUCGAUCUGGGACAUAAUAAUCCUUUCGGAGAUUUUUCAAUAACCGUCGCCGGUCAAGUUUGA